CUGAGCGCAUGAGUCUCGGAGGGUGCUCUCUUCCCGAAACCCGAGCGCAGAAGAGUCACCGGAGCGAGAGGCGAUACCUCCCCCCCUUGGAACAUGGCUACGAUCGCAACCUCCACCAGGUUCACAGACGAAUAUCAGCUCUACGAAGAGCUCGGAAAGGGUGCCUUCUCUGUGGUCCGGAGAUGUGUUAAAAAAUCAACCGGCCAGGAAUAUGCUGCUAAAAUUAUUAACACAAAGAAACUUUCGGCAAGAGAUCAUCAGAAGCUGGAACGGGAGGCCCGGAUCUGUCGCCUGCUCAAACACCCCAACAUCGUCCGGCUUCACGACAGCAUCGCUGAAGAGGGCUUUCAUUACCUCGUCUUUGACCUCGUCACCGGUGGAGAGCUGUUUGAAGACAUCGUCGCCAGAGAGUAUUACAGCGAGGCCGACGCAAGCCAGUGCAUCAGUCAGAUCCUGGAAAGCGUCAAUUAUAUCCACCAGCAUGACAUCGUGCACAGGGACCUCAAACCAGAAAACUUGCUCCUGGCCAGCAAGAUGAAGGGGGCGGCGGUGAAGCUGGCAGACUUUGGCUUGGCCAUCGAGGUGCAGGGCGACCAGCAGGCAUGGUUCGGUUUUGCGGGCACGCCUGGCUACCUCUCCCCCGAGGUGCUGAGGAAGGACCCCUAUGGCAAGCCAGUGGACAUCUGGGCGUGCGGUGUGAUCCUCUACAUUCUGCUGGUGGGCUACCCGCCGUUCUGGGACGAGGACCAGCACAAACUCUACCAGCAGAUCAAGGCUGGUGCCUAUGAUUUCCCCUCUCCAGAGUGGGACACGGUCACCCCCGAGGCCAAGAACCUCAUCAAUCAGAUGCUGACCAUCAACCCGGCCAAGAGGAUCACCGCCGAGCAGGCCCUCAAACACCCCUGGGUCUGCCAACGCUCCACAGUGGCCUCUAUGAUGCAUAGGCAGGAGACUGUGGAAUGCCUCCGCAAAUUCAACGCCCGGAGAAAACUCAAGGGGGCCAUUCUCACCACCAUGCUGGUAUCCAGGAACUUCUCAGUGGGCCGGCAGCAUACCAGCCCUGCUGCUGCCACCACCAGCACUGCCGCGCUGGCACAGGAAGCCUGCAAAAGCUUAUUAAACAAAAAAACGGAUGGAGUGAAGCCGCAGACAAACAACAAUAAAAACAAUGUAGUAAGCAGCAGCAAAGACAGUUCCUCCUCUGCACCAAUGGAACCGCAAACCACUGUGGUGCACAACCCUGCUGAUGGCAUCAAGGGCUCCUCAGAAAGCUGCAACACCACAGAGGAAGAGGAUGUGAAAGGUAGGAAAGUGUCCGGCCGUGCGGCCAGCAGCGACAGCGCGGUGCUGAGCCAGUGCAGCGGGACGGAGGGAUCGCCACAGGGCCCGCCCACCUCUCGCAAGCAGGAGAUCAUCAAGAUCACAGAGCAGCUGAUCGAAGCCAUUAACAACGGGGACUUUGAGGCGUAUACGAGAAUCUGUGACCCUGGGCUGACGUCUUUUGAACCCGAGGCGCUGGGAAACCUGGUGGAAGGCAUGGACUUCCACAAGUUCUACUUCGAGAACCUUCUGAGUAAAAACAGCAAGCCGGUGCACACCACCAUCCUGAACCCGCACGUGCACCUGAUUGGGGAGGACGCGGCCUGCAUCGCCUACAUCCGCCUGACACAGUACAUCGACAACCAGGGCCGGCCGCGCAGCAGCCAAUCAGAGGAGACGCGCGUCUGGCACCGCCGUGACUCCAAGUGGCUCAACGUCCACUUCCACUGCUCAGGGGCCCCUGCCGCACCCCUGCAGUGAAGCAGCUACGCAGCUUGGGUCUGUAAGCUGAUUGGAGCGUUUCUUCUCCGUGUUGGGUUUGGCUCCGGGGGCCAGGCUGGAUGAGAGCUGUGGAGGAUUGAAGCGUACCACUAACGAAAGGCAAAACCAACAUUAAAACACCAACAGGAACCAACAGAACACCACCAAUCCAGUCCAAACCUAGAUAGACACCGGGAGCCGGCUCUGUCAGCGGCCCCGCCCUUGGGACGGUGCAUGCAUCUGACGCCCACAAAGGGGGCGCUGUUCUCGUCCUUAUUCUAUGGAUCCAUCUUUCUGCCCGUUAAAGAUGUCCAGAAGGUGUUUCAAGUACAUAUAAAUAUAUAUAUAUAAUUACAGAAAAAAAACAGAAUCUAAGAGAAACUGCAAAGUAAAAACACGUAUGUAAGCAAAGU